GGUGAUUUUGAUUUUGAUUUUGAUUGUGCGAACUUUGAAGCAAUUAACUUUCAGAAAACAGCAGGGAUUUUCAGAAUGUCUGCUUAUACCAUAAUGACCCAAAAAGGUAGGCAGCUGAAUGACCUGCAAGAACGCCUCAAAGGAAUUCAUGAUGAAGUUGAAGUAAGAAGCAGGAUGAUUGAACAAACGAAAAGAAAAAUAAAACAGUUGGAUGUUGAAGAUGAAAAAUCAAACAAAAGGCGAACAUCAUUGGAUAACAUGAAAUUUUUGAGAGUUUCAGACUUGGAUAAGAUUGAAAAUCUCGAGAGAGUUACGAGAAACACUGAAAUCCAAGAGAAUAGUAGGUAUGGGGAAUUGAUGGAAGACUUGAAGAGGAGUGCUAUGGCUCUAAAUUGUGAGGUACGCGUUACAAACAAGGAAGAAGUGGAUAAAGCGAAAGACUUGCAAAACUUGACUGGCCUUCAUAUCACUGUUUUUGUCUCCUCUGAGAACUUUGAACUACUCAAAGAACACAUGGAUGGAAUGACUCGCAUGGAUGGAAUGACUGUUAAUAUAACGAGCCAAGAAAUUGAUCAAGCAAAAAGAAAGCGUAAUGAAGGUGAUCAGCCAGAAACGUCUGCUAAGCGCUCAAGGGACUAGAGGACUGACUUUUCAAUCAUUGAUACGAGGAAAUGUACUGUGGGUGAGGACAGCAAAUUGUUUCAAUGUUUCUUUUUUGAUUUUCUUGAGACUGUUUCUACAUGUUAUUGAGGUAGAGGGGCCUGUCCUGCUUCCUUUCUGCUUGUUUGUUAAUGUUGCUUAGGAGAAAAAAAAAAACACUUUGCAUUAGCUCAUGAAAUACUUCUUGCACAAGUCACUUUAACCAAACAAUGUUGACAAUGUUGUUGUUUUAAUUAAUGAGUAAUGGUUCCAUUAUAUAAGAGGAAGUUUUGUAAAA